CUUAAAGCGCAAGUGCUGUUUUGUGGUGGCGCUGUAUAUCGACUCAGGAGUAAAGACUCUAAAACUAGUAUCGUGUCUUCUCUAGGUCAUUCCUGGCGAGUAUGCCAGAAGUGAUUGUGUCCUUAACUGCGCCAGCAAGUACGAUAUAAGUAUUGUCAUCAUACUUUUUCACGUGGUCUAUUCAGUGAUCAAAGCGGAUAAUUUGAUUAUGAAUAAAAAAGUUAGAUGAAAAGUUAAUCUCCCUGCAGUAUAUUCUUCUGAUUUACUAGAAAAGAAUUAAAUGAUAAAUUUUUAAGACGAUUUAUUUUAUCAAGUAAUACACUGAAUAUCACGACUUGAUUUGGAAAGAAAUAGAAUUCGGUGAAAUUGUUUGAUUUAUUUAACUUGUUUACAAUGAAAAGAUUAUUUGGUUACAUGAGCAUGUAAAAAUGAAAUUAAUUUCAAAUAAAUAUCAUCGGUUCCAAAUUUAGUAUGCAUUAGGGAAACGUAUUGAGAAUGUGUUUUUAGUUCAUUGAUGGUAUUUUAUUUCGACCACGUUUAACAUAAUUAAAAUAAAAUUGAAGCUAUUCAUUACAGUUUCAAAUCUUAUACGAUUGUUAAUAAAAUUCACUUUGGAGAAAAAUAAUGAAACAACGAUAGAAAUUUGUUAAACGAAAAAUUACGUUAAAAUCGAAGAAAGCUUUGCGAAAUUUAAGAUAAAUAAAGAAAUAAAUAGUUGUUCAGCGAAAAAAAAAUGUGCUUAACAUAGUUAGAAACACGGAAAAGCUUUUGGGAAAAUCACAGUGUUUGUGCUUUUUUUCUGCAAUUCAGUUAAAAGAAAAAAAUAUGUUUCCUCAGUGAUGUGGAACGUGAGUUGGAUACCGAAUGCAUCGUUAGAAGAAAAAACUGUUUCUUUGUUGUUCGAAUGUAUUCGAUACUAGAAAAGCAACUCUAUUAAAAACGAACUACGUAAAGGAUAAAAAUGUCUUUUAAACUUUCUAGUGCAACAAAUUUUGAUUUUUGAAAUUGAACACACACCAUUUUAAAAUGACAUGCGGAUUUUUUAUUACAUUUUUGUUCUUUGAAUUAGCAGCAAAUGGUUUAUCAACUGAUCCAUUAAGCAAGGGCCCAUCAUUUCUGAGCGAGCCUCCAAAUAGAGUGGAGUUUUCUAAUUCAAGUGGGACUGUCAUACCUUGUUUGACAGAUGGCAGACCUCGACCCAUCGUGACAUGGGUCAAGAAUGAUGGAGAAGUUGUCCACGAUUUAACAGGACUUCGCUACAUCCAACAUGAUGGGUCAUUAGUUUUCAGACCUUUUGCUGCAGAAGAUUACAGACCUGAUGUCCAUGCCUCGAUUUACAGAUGCGAAGUGUCCAACAACAUAGGAAUUAUUGGCAGUCGAGAUGUGCAUGUGAGAGCAGGUAAGAAGUUGAAACUAACAUUGCAGUUUAUUGAAAUAGCAUGCAGAGAAAAGUAUAAAUAUGCUAAAAAGAUUUAUAUGUUACCACUCAGAACGAAAUUUUUUUUGAACGCGUAAUCGAUGGCAGAACGGCUUGCGUAAAGUGUCUAAAAUCUUUCGUAAAUUCACCUUCUUCCCAGAGAUCUCAGUAAAAGACCCACAUUGAAGUCAUGUUUCUGUUUUUUAUUGUAUAAGAAAAGGUUCUAAUAAAAUUAAAGUUCGCAUAAAAUUAACUUCUAGCAGCAGAAUGGAACAAAAAAGCAAAUCUCUAUAUGAAACAGCAGAUGAAUAAAUAAGCGGGGGAAAAAGUCAGAGAAUUAAUAAUCAAGAAAAAAAAGUAGCAAUAAAUGGAUGAGU